AUGAAUAAUCAAAAAUCAGAUGAUGAAAAAUACAAAAAAUUUUAAUGCAAAAUUUGCUUAGAUUUAGCCACAGAGCCAGUCAUCACUCCAUGCGGUCAUCUUUAUUGUUGGCAGUGUAUAUAUACCUGGGCCUAAAAGAAGAAUCCAUUACAAUGUCCAUAUUGUUCCAAUGUCUUCGAAUUAGACAAGGUCACAACUAUCUUCACAGGGGAUUCACAACAAUCAAAGAAAUCAGAAAUUCCAAAACGACCCACAAAUCCAAGACAAGAAUAGACCAACUAAUAACAACAAUUUGGAAACUUUUCAUUUGGCUUUGGUUUUGGAAUGCCAUUCAUGAUGAUGUCCAAUUUCAAUUUUGGAUAAGGACAAUAGGCUAAUGCAAGGGGUUUUAUGUUAAUAUUCUUUCUUGGAUUUAUAAUGAUGAAUUUGCUUCCCAUCCUCAAUUUCGAUUUCUAUUUUUCAGAAACUUCCCAAUAAACAUAAAGAAGGUCAAGGAGACAUCAAGACAAAAAUGAUGAUUAUUUUACAAUUUUUGGUAUUGGCUUAGCCAUUACACUUGGAUUUGCUGGCCUUAGCUAUUUAGUUAAAAGGAUUUUGAACAAAUGA